AUCGGCAAUCGCAAUUCGUGGGACGUCAUAUAAACAAAACAAGAAGAGGCACGCAUUACGUGAUAAUCCCUAAUUGUUAAUUAAUUCAUAAACGAUGAAUGUUUUUCAUGAGAGAGAAAUUAAAAUUGAAUAUAUAGAAGACGUUUCAUUUGAUCCUUUAGCCGAUAACUGUGAAAACACUACAAAAAAAACAAAGAAAAAAAUUGAAAGUGGGAAAGAUGAUUUUGCAGUGGAUUAUAUAAAUAAAAAUACGGUAAAUUAUGCAUGCAGUGUGGAGGAUAAUGUCAUUAACUGGUACAAAGAAAUUGAUAACAAUGGCAGAUAUUUAUGUAAAUACUGUGACUUAAAUUACUCAACUACUCAAACUCUUAGAUAUCAUAUAAGAACGAAGCAUUAUAGCGAAGCAAAAGAAUUGAAAACUUUAAUAUCAAAUAAUAAACGGAGAUCUAAAAUCAAGUGUCAUAUAUGCGAAGAAAAGUUUCAAUGUGUAAAUGAUUUAAAAGUUCAUUUUGAUACAUGCCACAAAACGGCAUAUCUAUAUAAAUCAUGUUUAUAUUGUGAUGCAACAUUUAGUACUGAAUUUGAACUGGCUGAACACCAACUGAACAUUCAUCAAACAAUAAAAAAGGCACGAUACAUGUGUUCCAUAUGUGGAUAUCGUACUGCAAAGAAAUCACAUUAUAAUCAACACCAAAAUACUCACCUAUCCAUCAAAGGAACGAAAUGUAAAUACUGUGAUUAUACUACUCAUUACUCGCCCAAUUUAAAGAUCCAUGAAAGAAUUCACUCUAACACUAAACCAUAUAAAUGUGAUUACGGAAACUGCACUUAUUCGUGUGCAGCCAAAUCAGCCUUGCGCAGUCACAAAUUAAAACACAACCCAGAUGAAAACAUGUUAUAUUGUGAUAAAUGUAGUUAUAAGACUGUGUAUAAGCAGACACUGAAAAAACAUCAAGACAGUCAUAAUAGAAAUAGUAUUGGGAUAAGAAUUGUGUGAAUUACACCCGUGAAAGUAAGUUAGGUACAGAUUUAAGAAGUUUGAUGGCUUUGAAAUAGAACAUGGAUAUAACUGAAAGGGACAACAUGAGCUAAAAAUGAUGUAUGCACAUAUAUUCUAUGUGAUCAACAAUUUUUUGCCUAUUUCAGACUCCAGCUCCUCUAACUAUAGCCAAUUUUGAUAAUUCUUUAUGUGUCUAAGUAUGGGAUUGUGAAUUGUAAGGAGGAACAAAGAAAAAAAUUUGAUUUUUUUGGCGAUAUCAAAAAUACCUUUAUCUCGUGAAUGUACAGUGUUCCCCUCAAUCACUAUUUUAAAUUUGUUCAGAAAUUUUAAUGUAAUAGCAAGAAUAGAUAUUAUACAAGUUUAACUCAUAAUAAAUUAUAUAUUUAAGUUUUG